AUGGAACUUCGCAAAUCAGAUAUCCAGAGUUUCAAGGCCAGAGAGCUUCGAUCACUCUUAGUCUUGGUUGUCUCUCUAGCCAUUGCCUUCACUGCUUCGGCGUCCUCGCAGGGCAUCGAUUUCAGCUUCCAGACUUUCAACGAUAGUAUCAUUCAACGUCAAGGCGAUGCGACGUAUGAUACGAGCAGCUUCAUCCAAAUUACAGAGGCCAAUCGAGACAAGAUCCUCUCUUCGAGCGUGGGCUGGGCCACGUACCACAAGCCGAUGCGCCUUUGGGAUAAGGCGACCGGGAACGUGGCGGAUUUCACCACCCAAUUCACCUUCGUCAUCAAUUCUCUAGGAGAGUCGAGUUUCGCCGAUGGAUUGACCUUCUUUCUUGUCCCCGAAGGGUCUCAACUCCCGGCCAACUCGUCGGGACGCUACCUUGCUCUUGUAGAUCCGAACCGCAAUCCUUCCAAUUCUUCUACUUCAUUUGUAGCCGUCGAGUUCGACACGUUCCGCAAUAACGCUCCCAAUCUCAAUGUCGUGGACCCGAAUUGUUCACAAGUUGCACAUGUCGGUAUAGACUUGAAUAAUCUCACUUCCACAGUCCAUAGCUGCAUCGAUUGGUUCAAGAAUAAAAUCAUGACUGGUGGGCGUAUCAACGUUACGAUAGCAUACAAUUCUAGCACACAGAACUUGAGUGUUCUCACGACAAACGGCGAUGCCACGGGUACCAACAUAAGUUCCUCUGCCAUCUAUGAUAUAGUCAACCUGACAAAGUAUUUGCCGGAGUGGGUGACUUUUGGUUUCUCGGCUACCACUGGUUUGCUUUUUGAGUUGCACACUAUUGAGGCAUGGGAAUUCAGCUCUAAUGUGCAAGUGGCUGGAAAAAAGAGCAAGCUAUGGCUAUGGUCCAUCUUAGGCUCAGGUUCUUUCAUUUUUCUCAUUCUUGUUCUAGCGUUUAUUUGGUUUCGGCACCAUUCGAAGAGAAAGAGAACUUACAUGAGUGGAGAAGAAGAUGAUCUAGCGAUUGAAGAAGAAUUCGAGCAAGUGUCGGGGCCCAAGAAAUUCUUCUACAAGGACUUGGUCACGGCGACUAAUAAUUUCGCAAUUGAACGGUUGCUUGGGGAAGGGGGCUUUGGGAGAGUGUACGAAGGUUACUUGACAAGCAUGAAUGCUAAUGUUACAAUCAAGAAGAUUAGCCCAUGGUCUAGACAAGGGAUAAAGGAGUACGCCACCGAAGUGAAGACCAUAAGCCGGCUCCGGCACAGAAACUUAGUCCAACUCAUCGGGUGGUGUCAUGAGAAAAAGGAGCUCCUCCUUAUCUAUGAGUUCAUGUUUAAUGGUAGCCUUGACUCUCAUCUAUUCAAAGAACGAACCUUCUUGCCAUGGGAGAAGCGGUACAUAAUCGCGCAAGGCAUAGCCUCGGCAUUGCUUUACCUUCAUGAAGAAUGGGAACAAUGCGUCUUGCACCGGGAUAUAAAGGCUAGCAAUAUCAUGCUUGAUUCCGAUUUCAAUGCUAAAUUAGGAGACUUUGGUUUGGCUAGGCUAGUUGACCAUGAUAAAGGGUUACAAACGACGGUGUUGGCCGGAACCAUGGGCUAUAUGGCUCCUGAAUGCGUUUACACGGGUCAAGUGAGUAAGGAAUCAGAUGUUUAUAGCUUUGGAGUCGUCCUAUUAGAAAUAGCUUGUGGAAGAAAAGUUAUCGAGCCAAGAGCCAAUGAAGGCCAAGUCCGGCUGGUGGAUUGGGUUUGGGAGCUUUAUGGGACCGGGAGGCUACUUGAUGCGGUAGACUCAAAACUUGGUAUCGAUUUCGUUGAAAAGCAACUGGAGUGCUUGAUGGCUGUAGGGCUCUGGUGUAGUCAUCCGGACCCCACUGCCCGUCCUUCCAUAAGAGAAGUGUUAAAUGUUCUCAACUUUAACGCUCCGCUGCCUAUUCUCCCAUUGAAGUUGCCAAUCCCUACAUAUCUGGCGCCUCUAUCCACAUUCUCUACAGCAUCCAUUGUUUCCUCCCAUAACACCGCUACCAGCAGCACCGAAGUGUCCACAUUCACUACCUCUUCUAUGCAAUCCUCUUGUUCAGCUUCCUCUGCAUUGCUCCCAAAUACCGGAUGAUUUCCU